GCCUGCCUGCCUGCCUGCCAGUACCGCCCACGACCCUUCUCUAGUGACGAUGACUGUUACUGCAUUGCCAAUAUGACAUCAUCUUCCACGCCUACCCAGUAUCCAGCCUCUGAAAAUGCUUGCAGUGUCACAUCGGGACAAGUUAAUCAGGUACGGCCAAAAUUGCCACUUCUGAAGAUUUUGCAGGCAGCUGGAGCACAAGGUGAAAUCUUCACAGUGAAGGAGGUCAUGCAUUUUCUGGGUCAGUAUAUAAUGGUGAAGCAGCUCUAUGAUCAGCAGGCCCAACACAUGGUGCAUUGUGGAGGGGAUCUCCUGGGAGAGUUGUUGGGACUUCAGAGUUUCUCCGUGAAAGAUCCAAGCCCUCUUUAUGAUAUGCUGAGGAAAAACCUGGUCUCUGCCACUGUCCCAGAUGCCGCACAGACUCUCGCACAGGAACAGAGCAUGGAUAUUCCCAGCCAAGACCAACUGAAGCAGAGUGUGGAGGAAAGCGCCAGCCCCGGGAAAAGGCCAGAAGAAGGUGAUGUUGCUGCCACCCUGACUACCUCACAGCGCAAACGCAGAAGCCCCGGAGAAGAUGAAGAUUUAAUAGAAAAUGUACCACAAAGCAAGCAACAAAAACUGGACCUGGUAUUUGAGGAGUGGGAUGUAGCCGGGCUCCCUUGGUGGUUCUUAGGAAAUCUGAGAAACAAUUACAUGCCUAGAAGUAAUGGCUCCACUGACUUGCAGACAAACCAGGAUAUAGAUACUGCCAUUGUUUCAGACACUACAGAUGACUUGUGGUUCUUGAACGAAUCGGGAUCAGAGCCGUUAAAUGUGGGAAAAGUCGAAGCUGACGACCAUCCCGAUCAAACUUGUGAAGAAGGAGCGGGGAAAGAGAAUGACAAAAAGGUGAUUGAAGUUAAGAUAUAUGAUGACCUUGAGGACUCCCAAUGCCUAAGCGAUGACACUGAUACAGAGGUUGCCUCUGAGGAUGGGUGGCAAUGUAGCAAGUGCAAGAAAUUCAACUCUCCAAGCAAAAAGUACUGUUUCCGGUGCUGGGCCCUGAGGAAGAAUUGGUAUUCAGACUGCCCCAGGCUCUCUCAUUCCUUCUCCAUGUCAGACAUCACCGCCAUCCCCCGAAAGAGGGAAGAUGAAGGAAUUGACGUGCCCGACUGUCGAAGAACUAUCUCGGCCCCGGUUGUCCGAGCCAGAGACCCCUACGCCGUGCAAGACAAACCCAAACCAGAUCCCUGCGGCUCGGUGGAGUUCUUGGAUUUGGCCGAGGGCUCAGAGAGCCAGGAGACCGUCUCGAGCCUGGGAGAACAGUCCGACCACCUCUGCGACCAGAAGGCAGACGGGGCAUCCCUGGAGGAUUCCCAGAACUUGCUGGAGCUCUGCAGCCUGUGUGAAAAGAGGCUGCGGGAUGGGAACAUUGUCCACGGGAGGACAGCUCAUCUCGUUGCCUGUUUUCGCUGUGCCAAAAAAUUGAAGAAGGGUGGAGCUCCCUGCCCCGUCUGUAAGAAGGACAUCCAGAUGGUGAUCAAGACCUUCGUGGUAUAGUCGAGGCGCUGAACUGCAGAGAAAUGGUAACCGGUCAGGGAAGUGCUGCCCGCACUGGAAUGAGCAGAAACCGAACCCCAAUCCCUCUCCCCCUCCCCCCCGUGACUCAUCUUACCCCCUCCCGCCCCGCCUUGUGGUUGUUGACUUCUCAACUCAGUUGGGAUUCCGCAAACGGAAAGGCUUCAGGAACCAUCUCCGCUCUGAGGGGGUCUAAACCUGCAAGCAAUCCCAGUAAUUCAGGCCGAACGUGCUGUUUGGCUUCAGUUAUCUGGAUGUUUCAGGCCAGAAGCCAAAAAAAUACUUAGACUUAAAGUACCAAGUCACAUAAUGGAAAUCAGCUGGUGUGAUUCUCGUUCAGUGUUUCCCCUUGAACACCAUUUGCCCUCUGAUACAUCUCAACAGGAGGAAUCUCUUUAUCCUCUUUCUACCUCUGUCCCAACAGCUGUAUACAGUGCUUCCCUCUCCCUCUCCCUCUCCCUCUCCCUCUCCCUCUCCC